AUGAGUUCUGUACUUAUAUUUGGUGCUGCUUGUCUUGAUUACAUAGCUCAAGUUAAUCAUUUUCCUCAACUAGAUGAAAAACUACGUACAAAUUCUUUAACGAUAUGUGGUGGUGGUAAUGCUGCUAAUACGGCUACAUGUCUAAGUCGUUUAGAUAUAAAAUUAAAACUUCUAACAAAAAUUGGUAAUGAUUUAAAUGGUGAAAAAAUUCUUCGAGAUUUUCAGGAAGAAAAAAAUAUUGAUACAACAUUAAUUCUUAUUCAAUCAUUAACAACAAGUCCGUUGACAUAUAUUAUUGUUGAUAAAGAAACAAAUACUCGUACAUGUUUAUAUAGUGCAAAUAAUGAACAAAUUCUUCUGAAUGAUAUUAAUUCAAAUUGUUUAAAUGAAAUAAAUUUUAUUCAUUUUGAUAGUCGUUCAACUGAAGCUGCUGUCUAUUUGGCAAAUUUAGCUAAAGAAAAAUCUAUUCUAUGUUCACUUGAUCUCGAACGUGAUAGACCUUAUUUAAAUGAAUUAAUUCCAUUAAUGGACUAUAUCAUAACAACAGAAAAUUAUUCACAGAAUGUUUGUAAGGAUUCAUCCUAUAUACAAACAGCAAAACGUUUUCUUCUUCAUACUUGUCAAUUUGUUAUAAUAACAUGUGGAAAAAAUGGAAGUAUACUUAUUGAAAAAUUAAAGAAAAAUUCAUUAUCUCAAAUAAAGAAAUCGAAUCCGAAUGAAAGUAUAGUUACACAAGAAAUUUGUCAAUUAGAUGGAGAAGAUUUUCUUCUAUGGAAAUGUACAGCAUGGCCUAUAGAAUUACAGGAUAUUAUCGAUACAACAGGUAGUGGUGAUGCAUUUAUUGGUGGAAUUAUUUAUGGACUUUUAAGAAGAAAAGAUCUAUGGUCAAAAGAUCAAUUACUUCGGUUUGCUUCUUAUAUAGCUAUGUGUAAACUAAAAGGUAUCGGAGCACGUUCUUCAUUACCAUAUAUUUCAGAGAUUGAUAUGAAUUUAUUUCAUUAA